GUAUUUUGGUAGUCUGUAAGCCAUUUUUGUUGCCAAUGCAUCUGCUUAAGGACAGGAAGCGAGGAAAGGAAGCAUUAAUUGUUUAGAAAAAAUAAUUAUGACCAAUGACAUCUCGGUAACUGCAUGUGAGGUACCACCUUAUUCAUCGCCAUUGGACAACAUUCACUCUUUAAUCGUUGAUUGGACGACAUCGUUGCAACGCUUUUUCAAGCUUUUUAUUUUACUGCGGAUGUUUUGGUUCCAAUCGAAAAAAUCAGAAACGGGUGUAUUUAUCUAGUUGACUCAAGCCGAGCAGCUAAAUAACCAGGACUAUCAUGAAGAGAGUCACUCUGUUUGUCAACGGAACGUCUUCCAAUGGCAAGGUUGUGGCGCUAUAUGGAUCGUUGACAGACCUGCUGUCCGUCGCUAGCAGUAAACUGGGAAUCCGAGCCUCCAGCGUUUAUAACGGAACAGGCGGUCUUAUAGACGACAUAACGCUUAUAAGGGAUGAUGACGUGCUGUAUGUGUCUGAGGGCGACUCCUUUGAUGAUGCGAGUAAGACAAAGUGUGCAGACCCCCGGGAUGACCCUGGUUGUCCAGACUGGUUCCAAACUCACACUGAUUGGCUGACGCUCAACGUUGGGGGUUGCUGCUUCACCACCACACGGAGCACUCUGGUCAGUAAAGAACCAGCGAGCAUGCUGGCCCACAUGUUCCGAGACAAAGAUGUGUGGGGUAAUAAACAGGACUCCCAGGGUGCCUACCUGAUAGACAGGAGUCCAGGCUACUUUGAACCAAUCCUCAACUACCUGAGACACGGACAACUCAUCAUCAAUGACGGCAUCAACCCACUGGGGGUCCUGGAGGAAGCUCGGUUCUUCGGCAUUGAGCAGCUGGCUGAGCAACUGGAGAACCUGAUCAAGAGUUCCCAGCCUGCUGAUGACCACUCCCCUCUAACCAGGAAGGAGUUUGUACGUUUCCUGUUGGCCACACCCACCAAGUCAGAGCUGCGCUGUCAGGGUCUGAACUUCAGCGGUGCAGACCUGUCUCGCCUGGACCUGCGCUACAUCAAUUUUAAGAUGGCCAACCUGAGAGCUGCCAACCUCACUCACGCCAACCUCAGUGGUGCCAACCUGGAGCGGGCAGACCUGUCCUCAGCCUGCCUUGACGGAGCUAACCUACAGGGUGUUAAGAUGCUGUGUUCUAAUGCGGAGGGUGCAUCUCUGAGAGGCUGUAACUUUGAGGACCCUGCUGGAGUCAAAGCCAACAUGGAGGGUGCCAACCUAAAGGGGGUGGACAUGGAGGGUAGUCAGAUGACGGGUAUCAACCUGCGAGUUGCCACACUGAAGAACGCCAAGCUGAAAAACUGCAACCUGAGAGGAGCUACACUGGCAGGCACAGACCUGGAGGUAAACACACACACACACACACACAAAACACCUCUCAAGCAUAGCUCCCUCCCUCUCUUUCUCCCCCUCUCUCUCAGAACUGUGACCUGUCUGGGUGUGAUCUACAGGAAGCUAACCUUCGGGGCUCCAACGUGAAGGGAGCCAUCUUUGAAGAGAUGCUGACUCCACUGCACAUGUCUCAGAGUGUGCGAUAACCCCACUGCACAUGUCUCUGAGUGUGCGAUAACCCCACUGCACAUGUCUCUGAGUGUGCGAUAACCCCACUGCACAUGUCUCUGAGUGUGCGAUAACCCCACUGCACAUGUCUCUGAGUGUGCGAUAACCCCACUGCACAUGUCUCUGAGUGUGCGAUAACCCCACUGCACAUGUCUCUGAGUGUGCGAUAACCCCACUGCACAUGUCUCUGAGUGUGCGAUAACCCCACUGCACAUGUCUCUGAGUGUGCGAUAACCCCACUGCACAUGUCUCUGAGUGUGCGAUAACCCCACUGCACAUGUCUCUGAGUGUGCGAUAACCCCACUGCACAUGUCUCUGAGUGUGCGAUAACCCCACACAAACAUACACUCCUGGUCCUUAAGUCAUUCCUCCCAACCCCCUGUGUAGCUCACCACUGAUUUUCUCUUCUCAGAAGAGACUAGUUGCCCAAUACUAUAUCAACCCUUAGUAGUCACUUAGCUACCUGAGGGCAGUGGUUGUUCCUCUGACAUGAGUGAAUAUGAAACGACACCCAGGAAUGUUUUAGUUCUGGUACACAUGUUUGUAUAUACGGCGUAAAAGGUUCUACAUGUUUGUAAAAUAAUAUAUGUAUUUUGAAGGUAGAUACGGCAGAUUCGGGCCAACUUCCGCAACAACAAACAGUGUGAGGCUAAACUUCUUGCUGUUUUGGUCUCGCAGCUAUCACGUUGCAGCAGUGUGAAAUACACCCAUGCACAUGCGCUUAUCUGCAAUAUCUGAGGUUCAUGGCAAAAGUUAUAUGGCUGAGUCUCACUUUAAUGGGUCCACAUGUACAUUAUCCUACAUGGACCAUCUUCUCCAUGCCAGGGGUUGGAUUUCCAUCACAUGGUGCUACACUUUAUCAUUGUGAAAAGUUGUUCUAUUUUUGUAUCACACUGUCACUGUAUAAUUACUGUCUUAUGUCUUUUGCAAUAAAGGCUCUAGCCUGUUUUUAGUA